AAAUGAUGUUCAUGAGGAUGAUUUGAAAAAUUAUAGUUCAAUUUUCCUAUAAAAUCUACGAAUCUAGUGUUAAUAUUACAUAAUGUCUGGUUACAAUUAAUUCAACAUGAAUCUAACAUCAUCCAUUGAAGCUAAUAAUCAUAGAAUUCUUGCAUUACCUUUUCCUAUUUCCAUAUUUUUAUUGCUCAAUCUAACCUUAUCUAGUAUACGUCCAAUCAAUAGUGAAAGUAUCAAUCCAAAAGAUGAUUCAAAACCUGAAUAUCUUAUCAGAAGAUCAGCUCCUCGUGAAGAACCAAAUGAUGACUAUAUGCAUUCCCAAUUAAUGAAGGAUCUCGAAAUGCGACUAUAUCAGAAUCAGCAACAACAACCGCAGGUUAUUGCUAAUCAUGAAGCUCUUCCAAAUCAAUUACAACAAUCACCACCAUCCAUGUCAUCAACAAUUCAACAACGACAAUUCUCAAAUACCGGCCUACAAAGUGGAUAUCAAGGAGAUUCAGGUCGUUUGCCGUUUGCCAAUUCACUUUACCCUUAUCUUGGAAGUAAAUUUUUAUCAUUAUUUCCAAGAAAAUCAUUUCAAUUGAAUCCAUACAAUCCAUUCCCAUUUCUACCGAAUCUACUUCCUCAGCUAUCUUAUAUGCCGUAUUCAAGUCAAUCAUAUUCAAAUCCAUGGACUUAUGGUGCAAAUCCUUAUUUUUCACCAUCAUUACUAAAUCAUUACAACAGUUACAACAAUUAUAAUAAUCGUUUCAACGCGCAUCAACCAGAGAUGACCAAUACAAAUGAAAACAAAAACAUUUUCGGAUAUUUUUAAUACUAUGCAAAUGAAAUUUUUGUUACAAAUACACUCCUUUCCUCCUAAUAUAAGGACGACCAGAUUGUAAAAAAAAACAUAGACAAAAAAACACAUUU